UUCUAGGGGAGGUGACUUGUUGAAUUUAAAACCUGAAGGGCGAACUUCACACCUGGCGCUCUUUCCCCAAGCAGGCGCGCCGGCACAGGCGGGGAGACCGCGGCAUCUGGAGCCGCGCGGGUGUCCCACGCCGGGAAAGAGGCGGAGCGCCUCCUCGUUGGCUUCCGUUCCGCUCCUCCUCGCCUUGGAUUUGCAGCGGGAGGCUCCCCUUCUCUCUCUCUCUCUCUCUCUUUCCCAGAGCGACAGCACCGACGAGGACGACGACGACGAGGAGGCGGCGGCUCCGGGGAGCGCCCGCCUCCUUCGCUGCCGAGCGCGGUGCACACGGGGCAUGGAGCCUGCCUGAGCCAGUCCGCGGGGCAGCUGCUGCUGCAGCACAACAUGGAGGCGGCAGCGCCGCCGCCGCCGCUGCUUUUGGUCCUGUUCCUGCUCGCCGCCUCGCUACUUCGGUGCAACUUGGGGUCUGUGGCGGCUUCUCCUCUCUUGCUUUUUGCAAACCGUCGAGAUGUCAGACUGGUGGAUGCCGGUGGAGUGAAGAUGGAAGCAACGGUUGUAGUCAGUGGUUUAGAAGAUGCUGCUGCAGUGGACUUCCUUUAUUCACAGAAUGUUAUUUACUGGACAGAUGUGAGCGAAGAAGCUAUCAAACAGACUUAUUUUAACCAAAGUGGGAAUCUUGUACAGAGUGUCAUUGUUUCAGGGCUGCUUUCUCCAGAUGGCCUGGCAUGUGACUGGAUUGGGAAAAAAUUGUACUGGACUGACUCAGAAACAAAUAGGAUUGAAGUUGCUAAUCUCAAUGGAACAUCUAGGAAGGUUCUUUUCUGGCAAGAUCUUGACCAGCCAAGAGCAAUUGCCCUGGAUCCAGCUCAUGGAUACAUGUAUUGGACAGAUUGGGGCGAAACACCUCGAAUAGAGCGUGCUGGAAUGGACAGCAGUUUUCGAAAAAUAAUCGUGGAUUCUGACAUUUAUUGGCCCAAUGGACUCACCAUAGAUCUCAGUGAACAAAAGCUUUACUGGGCUGAUGCAAAGCUGAGCUUCAUUCACAGAGCAAAUCUGGACGGCUCUUUCAGGCAAAAAGUGGUAGAAGGUAGUCUGACUCAUCCAUUUGCCCUGACGUUGGCUGGAGACACUCUGUACUGGACAGAUUGGCAGACGCGUUCCAUUCAUGCCUGCAACAAGAAAGCUGGAGAGAAUAAGAGAGAAAUAAUAAAUUCUCUUUAUUCACCAAUGGACAUCCAAGUUUUGAGCCCUGAAAGACAGCCAUAUUUUCACACACCCUGUGAGGAAAAUAACGGUGGUUGUUCACAUUUGUGCCUGUUGUCCCCAAAGGAACCCUUUUAUAGUUGUACCUGUCCUACUGGAGUCCAACUACAAGAAGACGGAAAAACCUGCAAAGCAGGUGCUGAGGAAGUUCUCUUGCUCGCUAGAAGAACAGAUUUACGAAGAAUUUCCCUGGACAUGCCAGACUUCACAGAUGUUAUUCUGCAAAUAGACAAUAUUAGACAUGCUAUUGCAAUUGAUUAUGACCCUGUUGAGGGCUACAUAUAUUGGACAGAUGAUGAUGUCAGAGCUAUUCGCCGGGCAUUUCUUGAUGGAUCUGGAGCCCAGACUCUAGUAACAACAGAGAUAAAUCAUCCUGAUGGCAUUGCAGUAGAUUGGGUGGGUAGGAAUUUGUAUUGGACUGAUACUGGUACAGAUCGGAUUGAAGUUACACGUUUGAAUGGGACCUCAAGAAAGAUCCUUAUUUCAGAAAACUUAGAUGAACCUAGAGCAAUAGUGCUCAAUCCUGUGAUGGGUUAUAUGUAUUGGACAGACUGGGGUGAAAACCCAAAGAUUGAGUCUGCUUAUCUGGAUGGGACUGAAAGGAAAGUGCUGGUGAAUACUUCUCUAGGAUGGCCUAAUGGUUUGGCAUUGGAUCUUGAGGAAAACAAACUUUAUUGGGGAGAUGCAAAGACUGACAAAAUUGAGGUAAUAAGCCUUGAUGGAACCAUGAGAAAAACACUCAUAGAAGAUAAACUUCCUCAUAUAUUUGGAUUUACUUUACUUGGUGAAUAUAUCUACUGGACAGAUUGGCAGAGGCGAAGUAUUGAAAGGGUUCACAAGAAGGCAGCAAGUCGAGACAUUAUCAUUGAUCAGUUGCCGGACUUGAUGGGUCUUAAAGCAACAAGUGUCACCAGAGCAGAGGGGACAAAUCCAUGUGCUGAGAAUAAUGGCGGCUGCAGCCACCUGUGCUUCUUCACACCCCAGGAGUGCAGGUGUGCCUGUCCAAUUGGACUGGAGUUACUUAGUGAUAUGAGGACCUGCAUCAUCCCAGAAGCUUUCCUUGUCUUCACCAGCAGGGCAGCUGUUCAUAGGAUUUCUCUCGGAGCCAGCAACAACGAUGUUGCCAUUCCUCUUACGGGUGUGAAAGAAGCUUCUGCUCUAGAUUUUGAUGUAUCUGACAACAGAAUCUACUGGACAGAUAUUAGCUUAAAGACAAUAAGCCGGGCCUUUAUGAAUGGAAGUGGACUCGAACAUGUGAUUGAGUUUGGGUUAGAUUACCCUGAAGGCAUGGCUGUAGAUUGGAUGGGAAAGAAUCUGUAUUGGGCAGAUACUGGAACCAAUAGGAUUGAAGUGGCCCGGUUGGAUGGGCUAUUCCGGCAAGUUCUUGUGUGGAAAGAUUUGGACAAUCCAAGGUCAUUGGCUCUUGAUCCAUCAAAAGGGUAUAUGUACUGGACAGAGUGGGGAGGAAAACCCAAAAUUGUUCGAGCAUACAUGGAUGGAACAAAUAGCAUCAUGCUGGUGGAUAAGGUGGGACGUGCCAACGACCUUACCAUUGAUUACAAGGAUCAAAGACUUUAUUGGACUGAUCUGGACACAAGCAUGAUUGAGUCAUCCAAUAUGCUAGGGCAAGAGAGGGAAAUAAUAGCAGAUGAUCUACCUCACCCCUUUGGGCUAACUCAGUACAGUGAUUUCAUCUACUGGACAGAUUGGAACCUCCACAGUAUAGAAAGAGCUGACAAAACAAAUGGGAGGAAUCGAACAAUUAUUCAGAAUCGUCUGGACUUUGUGAUGGAUAUAUUAGUUUUCCAUUCAUCACGACAGGAUGGUUUCAACGAGUGUGCGCAAAAUAAUGGGCACUGUGGGCAGUUGUGCCUGGCCAUACCCAAUGGCUAUAGAUGUGGCUGUGCAUCUCACUACACCUUGGAUCCCAAGACCCGCAACUGCAGUUCACCCAGUAGCUUUUUACUAUUCAGUCAGAGGUCUGCAAUAAGUCGGAUGAUACCAGAUGAUCAGCAGAGUCCAGACCUCAUUCUUCCCAUCCAUGGCCUAAGAAAUGUUAAAGCCAUUGAUUAUGAUCCACUCGAUGCAUUUAUCUACUGGGUAGAUGGACGCCAAAACAUAAUUAAAAGAGCAAAAGAUGACGGCAGUCAGCCUUUCACAGUCAUGAAUAUUCGCAACCAAAGCCAAAAUCCAGAAAAGCAGCCACAUGACCUGAGCAUUGAUAUUUUCAGCCAUACUUUGUAUUGGACCUGUGAAGCUACAAAUACAAUCAAUGUCCACAGAAUUAAUGGGGAGCAGAUUGGAGUUGUCUUACGGGGAGAUCAUGACAAGCCCAGGGCCAUAGUCGUAAAUGCAGAACGAGGGUACAUGUAUUUCACUAAUAUGCAAGAGCGAGCUCCAAAGAUUGAGCGUGCAGCCUUGGAUGGAACAGAACGAGAAGUGCUCUUCACCACUGGUUUGCUUAGACCUGUUGCACUAGUGAUUGACAAUAAGCUUGGGAAGCUCUUUUGGGUGGAUGCUGAUCUCAAACGGAUUGAAAGUUGUGACCUGUCAGGGGCUAACCGGGUCACAUUACAAGAUUCCAACAUUCUCCAGCCAAUGGGUUUGACAGUUCUGGGAAAUCAUCUCUACUGGAUUGAUCGGCAGCAGCAGAUGAUAGAAAGAGUGGAGAAAACCAAUGGAUACAAGAGGACCAGAAUACAAGGUCGAAUUGCUCACCUAACUGGUAUACAUGCCAUUGAAGAUAUUGACACGGAGGAAUUCUCAAGCCACCCAUGUUCCCGAGAUAAUGGGAAGUGUUCACACCUCUGCAUAGCAAAAGGAGAUGGGACUCCAAGGUGUUCCUGCCCUGUUCAUUUGGUACUUCUACAGGACCUCUUAACGUGUGGAGAGCCACCAACCUGUUCCCCGGAUCAGUUUACAUGUGCAACUGGUGAGAUUGAUUGCAUUCCCAUGGCAUGGCGUUGUGAUGGCUUUUCAGAAUGUGAUGAUCAGAGUGAUGAAGAAAACUGCCCCAUCUGCUCAACAACCCAGUUCCAAUGUGAGAAGGGGCAAUGCAUCGAUGCACAUUUGAGAUGUAAUGGAGAAGUUGAUUGCCAAGAUAAAUCUGAUGAAUCUUAUUGUGAAACUAUUUGUCUCCAGAAUCACUUUCAGUGUGCCAAUGGCCAGUGUAUUCUCAAAAAACAGCAGUGUGACUCCUUUCCGGACUGCAUUGAUGGUUCUGAUGAACUUUUCUGUGACAAGACACUUUUUACCGAAAAAAUUAAAUCUUCUGAUGAUUCUGGACCCCACAGUAAUGCUAUUGGGCCUGUGAUUGGAAUUAUUCUUACCCUUUUUGUCAUGGGAGGCAUGUAUUUUGUUUGCCAGCGUGUGGUUUGCCAACGUUACGCUGGGCCUAAUGGACCUUUUCCACAUGAAUAUGUCAGCGGGACCCCACACGUCCCGUUAAAUUUCAUUGCUCCAGGGAGUUCUCAGCAUGGGACCUUUACAGGCAUCUCUUGUGGAAAAUCCAUGAUUAGCUCCAUGAGCCUGAUGGGUGGAAGCAGUGGUGCCCCUCUUUAUGACAGAAACCAUGUCACUGGAGCUUCCUCUAGUAGUUCGUCUAGUACAAAAGCCACAUUUUAUCCACAGAUUUUGAAUCCACCACCUUCACCAGCUACAGAUCGCUCCCUCUAUAACACAGAAAUGUUUUAUUCUUCAAACAUUCCAUCAACAACAAGAUCUUACAGGCCUUAUCUUAUCAGAGGGAUUGCUCCACCAACUACCCCCUGCAGCACAGAUGUAUGUGACAGUGACUACACCACAAGCCGGUGGAAAGCCAACAAAUACUACAUCGACUUAAACUCAGACUCAGAUCCUUAUCCACCUCCUCCUACUCCUCGCAGCCAGUACAUGUCAGCAGAGGAAAGCUGCCCACCGUCUCCAGCUACCGAGCGGAGCUACUUCCACCUCUACCCCCCUCCUCCAUCUCCUUGUACAGACUCUUCAUGAUUUUAACAGAAGGGACUUGUCUUUUUCUGUAAAUAUGUUUUUUAAAUAUGAACAAAGAUUUUAAAUAUAUAUUUUAUGAUCUAAAAUGGGGUGGGAACUUAUAAAAAUGUGAAUAAAAACGAAUGGGCCUGGGCUGUGAAAAUUGUACAGCAAAGUGAUAUUUAUGUUGAUCUUUUUUAAUUUAAUAAUCCAUUCUUUUGUGCCAUAAUUUGCCUUUGCAUUGAAGUUGCAACAUUUAAAUUGACCUCCAAAGGAGGUGAAAAGCAGAAAAUAAUAUGCUUGGAACAUUUUGAAAUCAUCUUUUGGUUCAAUAAAGGGGGAAUGUGCUGAGUUAUUUUUAAGUAAUAUAAAAGGCAAGAAGUAGUAUGUAUGAAUGAAUGAUGAUGAAAUACACACCACAAGGGAAAUUCUUGUGUAUGUGUGUCUGUGUGUAUGGAUUAAUACUUGAUCCUAGGUACUUAACCACAAAAAUGGGCUUCCUAUGCUUUAUUUUAUUUUAUUCCAUCAUUCACCUUUCAAAUGAGUCAGUGCAUUGAAAAAGUGAACAUCUAGAAUACAUGUUAGAUUUAUUACAUUAUUCAUCAUGAACGACCUCCCCAAAUUAAAAUUUUCAUUCACUCCUAUUAGACGCAUCACAUUUCUAUUAUGAGUCUUAUCAAUUUCAAGGAGGUGGUGCUCAUGAUAGAAAUGAAAAGUGGAAAAAAAGAAUGAAUCGACUUUCUGAAAGAUUAAAAUAGUUUAGAAAAAUGAAAUCCCUCAAAGUUUCUUUUUCUCUCACAUCCGGUAAAAAUUUAUGAAAAUAAAAAUCUAUAAAAAUUAAAAACAGUUUAUAAAGAGUUCACUGAAUAGCAAAACUAUGUGCAAUCUCCAAAUUGAUGCAUUUGGAUAUUUCUUGAAUAGACGUCUACCGAAGCCCCUGGUUUUCUCAUUUUAAAACACAACAUACACUGCCACCACAUUUUCCACUGGGUAAGAAUCCAAAUUUUACCCUCUCUAACUUCCUAUAUAUAAUAUUAGAGAGAGAGAGAGCUCAGGAAUAAGGAUCCGCAUAAUCAGAUAGAAUUCAGUAAAAUAUUAUUUUAUUUAGAACAAACCCCAGAAAGAAAGGUGCUUUUCAUCACAGGUCAGGAAGAAGAAAAUGAGCAAUACGUCUUGCAUUGCUGACUGUGCUUGUCCUUUGGUUUGAUUGCUUCACACAGAAUGUUUGAAAGCUUGUAGGAUUAGGAGACUGUGAUGUGAACAAAUAAUAAAAUACAUUGGAAAAAAAGGGGAAAGCCAAAAUUACAGUAUGUUUUAACAGCUGUAUAACAGCAGGUGCAGCCGGCUUUUAACAGUCAUAGAAUCAUUGACAAAGAUAAAAAAUGCUGUUUUUUUACAUUUACAGCUGGAUUUUAGCAAGUAUUUCUGGCCAAGUGUGAGGUGAGAUGCCUCCAAUCCCUGGCCACUUCUUCCAAGCUUAUUAAUAAGAUGGAGGUUGAUCUCUGUUAUUUUGAAUAUGUUCCCAUCAGUCUAUUCCUAAUUGUUUGGAUAUGGUGGUUUAAUUCUGAGGACGUGCAAUUAGGAUCUUUGAGUACAGGAGAAUUUUGAUUUCUCAAGAAACUUGUAUUUUGUAGUCAUCCAUGCUUUACUUUUCAAGUUUAAUAUGGGCGAUAAAAAAUAGAAUUAUUUGUAUGCAAAAAUAUCCUACCUGAAUACUUUGGGGAGGUCAGAGUUAUUUGGGUGUAUUGCUUGUGUGUCUAGCACAAAAAUAAUCCAUAAUAAUGAAUCUAGAGUACUCAGCUCAAAAAUCACAAUAUUCCGUACUAAUUUUAAAUCAUAGUAAUAUACUUUAAAAAAAAAACAAUCCUUAGUAACUCAAAUUGGGUGGGAAGGUAAUAAAGCCAGCUUCUUGUAAUUCUAAGAUUCCAUUUCUAGCUUGGUUGCAGAUAAAGCUUGUACGUGUGUGUGUGCACACAUACACAUACAUAGUUGUCAAGAGAUUUGCAUCCACGAAUUUGUUUUAUAAUUGCUUUUAACCUUUUGUCUAGCAUUUAUAAAAAGAUACCCUUUAAUUCUUAACAUUGCAUGCUUUGAUUUACCAUUGCCAGGUUUUUCUUGUCUAAAAUGCACUGCACAUGCACUGCACAAAAUUUGAAUGAAUAGUUUAUGUUUUAAAAGCAAAGUAAACAGCUAUUGGUAAUAUUAACCUGCUUGCUGAAAAAAUUGUACUGUAUUCAGUGGUGAAUUGGAUACUUUAAGCUAUGAAAAAAAUAACUAAUGCUACUGAUGUGAACAGAGUACUAUAAUACUUAUGGCUAGAAUAUUGAAUAUUUUUAUUUUGCUUGCUUAUUGUAAAUCUAUGUUAAUCAGGAAAAUUAAAUAUUCUGCUUUCUUGAUUAACAUGUUAAUGGGGAAACAUCCCACCAAAUUCACAUAAAUUAUCAAAACUGUACAACUGGAGUUGUUGAAGAAUUGAGUGAAGUCAGAAAUACCUUACCAAGAAAUAAUUGUCACAUUUUCAUUACUUUAAAUUAUUUAUCUCUCUGAUCCAUAAUUUUUGCUAAAAUAUCUGAUUUCAAUAGUACUCUGGCCUAUGAUAUUGUCCAUUUCUUUUUUGACAUAGGUAGGUCUCAAUGAAUCACAUAAAAAACUACACUGUGAGCUUGGUUGUUUGGAGACAAUUCAUUACCAAGGAGAAAACCACAUUCCCACCAACAUUGGCAGGGCAAGCUAUUGUAUAUAAACAGAAAGCAAACCCCACACUAGCACUGAUGAUAAUAUCUAGUCUGAUAAUGAAACAUCUACAAGUAAACAAUCAUGCUCAGAGAGCACAAAGGACUUCACAAUUCAAUUAAUUUCUGUUGGAAAAAAGAUACAGUUUACCAAAUCAUGAAUCUGUGCUGAUAUUGGUUCUAAUUUUAACAAGCUAAUUUGAAAUGAUACCAUGCAAACUGUUGAUAGUAAUUUUGGCUUUCAAGAGCCCUUCUAAUCUGGAAUCAUUGGCCAUGUUGCCAGAGAGUUACAAAUGAUAUCAAACUGGGGAUGGCUAGCAAACUGACAUGCUUUGGAUCUCAUUUUUUAAAGCCAUUGUUUGCUUAACUGUGAUUGAAUAAACUACAGUUGCUAGGUUUAUGCUAGGCCUGAACCAAAUCAUAUUAUGACUUAGCCCCAUAAAUAUGAACCCUACCUUUAUAUUCUAAAUACAAUACAUGUAUGUAAAUGUAACUGAUUGGCUUUAUUAAAAUUUAAGGAGCAAGUAACUUGUUCGGGUCUAGCCACAGUGCAAUGUCAAAGGUUAACUUUCUUAUAUUGGUUUUCCAUUGGUUAAUGGCUGUGUGUAGUAUGUCACUAUUCUAGGGAAAUUGUUUUGAAUAUUUUAACCCUUCAAAAGUGAUUAUUAAUCUUGUGAUAUGUUAAGUAGCAUAUCUCUUCCAGCCAGACUGGGUUUUACUGUGUAGAAAGACAUCAGAUUGGAUGCCUAAUCCAUGCAACUGUUUGUUUGGGUCCACUUAGAUCCAUCUUCAUGAACAUUAAUUUUUAGAAUCCAUAAUUCACUGAAAGUAGUUAUUGAUCUGGACCUGAGAGUGAGCUUGCUCUUAGCAAUUAGGACAACUAAGGCUUUUUGAAAGGAAAUACUGGUCUUAACAUACAACAUACCAAAAGCCUUCAUCUGAAAAGUAUUUAAAGCACCUUUAGUUAUGGAGCUCAGUUCCCUGGAAGUUUCCUUUGCCAAUUUUAGGUGUGAAUGUAAAUGAGUGGGAUAUUGGAUGGAAAGCAGAGUGUGGUGUCAAAUUUAAUUUGUAAAAUAAUAUUUGUUGAAAAUAUUUUGUAAAUAAUGUAAUUGAGCUAUUUGCAAUUAGAGGGGAAACACUCGAUUUUAUUAAAUAAUGAAUAAGAACUAUUGGGCCUGGAUUAAAAUGGAGCAAAAUUAGUCUUGCCAAGCUACAAACCUGUGACUCCUCCUUUAUUUUUGAGCCUACUGAGCUCAGCUAGAGGAAAAGUCAGCUAACAGCUUUUCCAACUUCUUUUUUUCCCCUCCUCAGGGCCUAUUGUAUAUAUACUUUUUGUGUUGUGGAAUACAUAUUUCACUACUCACAUUAAAUCAUAGAUUCUUUAAUAAACCAUACGUGGCUGAUUUUACAGAACAUUAAGCUAUAAACUAUUAUUUAACAAAUCACAAUGGUUCACCCACUGCAAUAGAUCAAACCCAAUCAUGUUAUGGGCUAUUGCAAUAUGUGAACUUUCCCACAGGAUCUUCUUGGUCAUUGCACUAAGAAUGGGGGAAGCAGAAUAACCAAUUAUGGAAAAGUGAAGAGGGGCGGAAGAACAGGAGAAGCAGUAGCUGGCUCACCCCCAGUUUGGUGGGAACAUGAAAGGGGAGGAUCAUUGGAUGCAACCUGGCAAUUUACAUUUUUAAGUGGGUUGUGUUUUACUGUUAUAUACAUAACUCGGAGGGCAUUCUAAUUAGAAAUGAAACCCAGGCUGCUUUCUUUAUUGUAUCUAAGUAUUUUGCAGUUGCUGCUAAUGUAAUGUAAAUGUACAUGAAAAUAUGCAGAUAUUGCCAAGAAUUGUUAUAAUAGACUCAUGCUGAUCUGUUUUAUAUUUAUAUUGUAAAGUGUAUUCUGCAAACCUCCUAAAUAUUUUAGCUUUAUAUUCAUAUACCGUUUUGUAGACACAGUUUUGUCGCACAGAGAAAAAGUGCCUUUGGUCUUUUUAAACAGCCUAUCAUAUUGACUUGGGCAGAUGAUAACAAAGCCUUAAAAAUGAAGCAACCUUUUACUCAUUUGCUCCAUUUGUUAGUUUUUCAUCCAGCAUGGUGUUGCAAAUACGUAUUGUGUUCAACUCAUUCCAAGAUAAGGCAUUCACAAGAUGGUGGGACUAAGCUUGUUUGUAUAUGUUAAUGAAACAUCACUAAUUAUGUGAUUUUACAGAGAGUUGUGCUUGGUUUUUUUUAAAAAGAAAAUAUUUCAGAGAAAACUGGGAGUUUUUUACCCAGAAAUUACAAAAUUGGGAGUUUUAAGACACCCAAUGUGCUCCUUUUCAUUUCACUGUUUAUAUUUUAUGGAUGCUAAAUAUGCUAUUGGUAUAAAUUUUUGUAAAAUUAUGUAACAAAAUCUCUGUUAUUAAAUUAGAUUAAUGUACUUUCCUAAGGACUGGAAUUCCAUUUAAUUUUUGCUACAAUAAUAUUGAUUAGCACAAGCUUUACCAAAAUCAUUAUUUUGAAUAUUAAUUGGGCAGCUGAAAAUAGCCUUUUUUCAUAUUAAUGUCCAAUAUACACUACAAUAUGCAAAAGCCCCUUUUCCAACAAUAAAACAGAGCCCAAUACUU